AUGUUUGUUCUUAAAAAUCUUCUUAUAUUUAUUUCUGUAAUGCAUCACAUUAAUGGAAAUGAAAAUGAUGGAAAGGGUGCUAGUGCAUCUUCGACUGAAGUUGGUGUUGGAUGUUUUUCUGGUGAUUCGUCAGUUAUGUUAAUUAAUGGUGAACAAAAACAAAUAGGUCAUCUUAAAACCGGUGAUGAAAUUCUUGCUGUUAAUAAUUUGAAAAUAGUUCCCAGUGAAAUGAUUAUUAUGUUAGAUAAACAUAUAUCAAAACAAACAAUAUUUUAUACAUUUAUAACUGAUUCUGGUCAUAAAAUUAGUUUAACAAGCCUUCAUUUAAUACCAAUUAUAUCUUAUAAUAAUAAAAUUGAUUAUAUAUCAGCUAGACAAGUUAAAUUAGGUGAUCAAUUUUAUGUUAUUAUAAAUGAUCAACUUGAAUAUUCCCAAGUUAUAAAUAUAACUAUUGAACUUAAAAAAGGAUAUUUUGCUCCAUUAACUAUGACAGGAACAUUAUUGGUCAACGAUGUAUUUGUAAGUUGUUAUGCAUUAGUAAAAAAUCAUCAAUGGGCACAAAUAUUUAUGGCACCUUUUCGUUGGUAUUAUAAAUUAUCUCGUUUUAUAUCUGUAAACGAUCCAUUUGAUAAUAAUAGAAUAGAUGGAAUACAUUGGAUAGUCGAUAUUUUUUAUCAAUUUAUAAAUUAUAUUCAACCUUCGAUAUUACAACGUAUAUAA